AAUGGCAAAUAUUUAUAAUCAAAAUGAAUAUCGCUACCAAAUCGGAAGGCCAGAACGACCGCAAGAGGAGAAUGUGGUAAUUAUCAUCGAUCCAGCAAUUAUGACUGUAUUCCGGCGUCAUGUAUAUUUCUUUGCUGCCGUCUUCUGUGUUCUGUCGAUGAUACCCUGGAUCAUUGUAUCGGCCACGGAAUAUGACGUGGGCGAAAAGUGCCCAGUGCAUCCUAUUGUGUGGAUAUUGAUUGCGUUUACGUGCCAGACGAUAUUGUCCUGCUGUCCCCAGACGCGAUACUCGUUCCCAUGCAACUGGAUACUGGUGCUGUCCGUGGUGAUAUUCCUGACUCUAUUCGGAUGCUACUUUAUCUACUCUGUCAUCAUUGAGGCAUUACUGCUGUCUGUUUUGAUUGCGGCCGUACUGUUGGUGAUUCUCCAUUUAUGCGGGGCACAUUGCCCUUCGUCUGUAUUGCCCAAUGCCGUGUGCACAGGCUGUAUAUAUCUACUGUGCUUCCUCACACUCAUUAUACUUGCCAUCCUGAUGUUGGUCCUAGGCGAUCGAAUUUAUGGACUAAUCUUUGCCACAGUUCUGUUCUUUUUAGUCGUCUUGAUGAUACCCUUUUCUUCGCAGUACAUUAAUGGACGUCUGCAAUACUCGCCCCUGCCCGAUACUCUGGGUUGUUCUUUGGGAAUCUUCAUAUACUUUAUCAUAAUGGUCCUCUGUUUGGCUUCUUUUAGAUAUUACUAUCUGUACUAUAAAUAAGAGAGAUCACAAAUAUA